AUGUUGCAGUACGAUAACAAUGCGUUUUAUUUUGUUGCAUUAAGCUUUAUCACCAUUUAUUUGGUGCCUUCUUGGAUUCACAUUCUGACCCGUGCCCAGUCGGUUCUAUUCGCAAAAGAUGAAGCCAUCGGUGCCAUUUCCAGAACUUCGGCGGAAAAGCAAAAGGCUGAAGAGUUGAAGAAAGAAUCCAAGGGACUUGCUACUUUGAAAAGGUCCAAGCCGUUCAUGAUCAACUUUUGGAUUACCAUCUUUUUUACAAUUAUUUUCAUGUGGUUGGCUGUUAGUGUUUCUACUGAUGGAGAAGUCAACUCGUUUGACCCUUUCCACAUCUUGCAGAUUGAUUCCGCUAGUGAUGCCAAAGCCAUCAAGAAGGCAUUCCGUUCGCUUUCCCUAAAGUACCAUCCAGAUAAAAAUCCUGGAGAUCGCGCCGCCGAGGCCAAGUUCAUGAUGGUUUCCAAAGCCUACGAAGCACUUACAGAUGCAGAGUCCCGUGAGAACUGGGAAAAGUUCGGAAACCCUGAUGGAAAGCAAUCCUUGGAAGUCAGUAUUGGUCUUCCCAAUUUUUUGUUGGAAACUGGAAACCGCAACUUAGUUUUGAUGGUUUACUUGAUCAUUAUGGUGGGAGUCAUUCCUUUCUGUGUCUGGACUUAUUACUCAGAUUCGUCGAAAUUUGGAGAAAAGGAUGUCAUGUACGAUACAUACUCUUGGUACCAUCAUGUAUUGAGUGAGCACACUUUGAUCAAAGCCCUUCCAGAGUGUUUGGCUGGAGCUGCUGAAUUCCGAAAGCGCAAUGUUCCAAAGUCCGCAUCAGACAAGCAAGCCAUUGGUGAACUCAUGGCCGCUGUCAAAACGCAAAUGCAAAAACCAAAGUACAACCACCCUGUUUGCGUCAAGGGCAACGUCCUUAUGCAUGCCCACCUGCUUCGUGCCUCGGAAAAGAUUUCUGAUACCCAACUCAAUGAAGAUCUCAAAUAUAUGCUUCGACGAUCCACUGCUUUGAUUGAUGCCAUGAUUAGUGUCUGCCAACAUCAAGAUAGCUUGCAAACCGCCACCAACUGCAUUGAAUUCGGACAGCUCAUGACCCAAGCCAUGUGGGUCAAGGACUCUUCGCUGCUGCAGCUACCGCAUUUCACCGAAGAAGAAGUGAAGCACUGUUCGAUUGGAAAAGGAAAGGCAACCUCAAUUCUCGAAUACCGUGAGGUUCCAGAUGACCAGAAGAAGGGAAUGGCCAAUUUUACAGCAGAACAAAAGGAAGAUGUUUCGAAAUACUUGAAAAUGCUACCUGAUAUCUCUGUCGAAUCCAAGGUGUUUGUGGAUGAUGACGAGGAUGAUAAGGUGUACGAAGGAGAUCUGUGCACAAUCCGCGUAAUCAUUACUCGCAACAACUUGGAGAAGGGUGAAAAGGCUGGUCUUAUCCAUGCUCCACGAUUCCCAUACCCCAAGCAAGAGGCAUGGUGGAUCAUUAUGGGCACAAAAGAAGGAAAGAUUGUUCACAUUGAAAAGGUCGGAAAUCCCAACAGAAUCUUCAGUCAUGAAAUCAAGUUUUUGGCUCCUCGUGUUGGAACAUAUGAAUUCGACCUUUACAUUAAGUCCAAUGCCUACGUCGGUUUGGACCAAGAGCAAAAGGUCACCCUCACUACUCUUGACAAUUCUGUGUUGCCAGAGUACAAGAUCCACCCUGAUGAUGCUGAGCUAGAUGACGAACCAACUCUCUUUGAAGAGAUCUUGAAUGCUAAUAUCGAACAAGAUGAUUCUGAUUCCGACGACAGUGAUGACGAAAGUGACGGACCAGCAAUAGCGGAGAAGUCGGAUGCCGAGAUGAAGAAGGAGAGACUGAAGAAGGCAAGACAACAGACAGAUGAUGAUUCUGAUAGUGAUGACGACGCCGAAGAAGUCUACACUGACAAAUAA